GCCCGGCAUGUAUGCAUGUCGGCUAUGUGUAUGGUAAUAGGGCAUGACAUGUGCAUAGGAUGCUGUGGAUUUCCCGCGCUAGCAGAGGUGAGAGGGCUUAUUUUCCCCAAAUGCCAAAUAGAAAAUAAAGAAAACCCAAAACCCCUCUCUCUCUCUCUCUUAGAGAUAAGGGAGAAAGCAUCAGCAGCACUGCAGCUAAAGAUAGUAAUUUCAGCAAAGCAGAUCGGAGAUCUGAAACAUAUGGCGGAGCUAAAGAAGAUUUCGAGCCCUUCUCGUCCGGGAGAUGGAGGUGGAACCACCAUUGAAGCUCGAUUCGCUCAUUUUUGCAAGAAUGAUCUACGGUUAGACGAGAACAACUUUUUGGCGCAAGCGACAAAGCUGUUUGACGAAAGCAAGAAUCUUCUGUUGGCUAAUAUCUCUGCUAUUGGAACUGGGACACCGGAUGAAGCUGAACGUUACUGGUUUGCAUUUAUUCUCUACUCGGUGAGGAGGCUCAAUGAUGGCGGCCUUGUAGAGAAGGGACCCACUUUAUGCCACAUAUUGCGAACAGCAAGGCUCAACAUUAUUGACUUUUACAAAGAACUUCAUCAGUUUCUCAUCAAGGUUGGAUCUAUAUUGAGUAAGCUUUAUGGUGGAGAUUGGGAAAAGAGACUCGAGGCAAAGGAAUCACAAACCAACUUUGUUCACUUGAACCUUUUGAGCAAGAAAUACGAACGUGCGUAUCGGGAACUGUUUGCAAUAGUUGAUGCUAAUAACGACAAGCAUCAAACAGUUGCCAAUUCCUCUGUCUGUGGAUCCGACUAUUACCGCUUUGGAUGGUUACUAUUCUUGGCGCUCCGUGUACAUGUGUUCCGCCUUUGCAAGGACCUAGUAACAUGCACCCAUGGUCUAGUUUCUGUAUUGGCAAUACUACUUAUACAUGUUCCAGCUCGUUUGAGAAAUUUCAACGUCAAUGAUUCUGAACGCAUUGUUAUGAAAGAUGGCAAGGCUGACCUUCUUACAUCACUUUGCAAUAUGUAUGAGACCUCAGAAGAUGAACUAAGGAAAACUUUGGAAGAAGCAAAUAACUUGAUAGCUGAUAUAUUGAAGAAGAAACCUUGUUUGGCUUCUGAACAUAAACAUGAAAACUUGGAAAAAAUCAUCACAGAUGGUUUGAUCUACUUUGAAGAUUUGAUGGAUGAAUCAUCUUUGGCUUCUAGUGUACUUUUACUAGAGAAAGAUUAUGAUGCUGCAACUAAGAACAAGGGUGAUUUGGAUGAGCGUAUUUUUAUUAAUGAGAAUGACAGCUUGCUAGGUUCAGGGAGCUUAUCUGGUGGUGCUGUAAGCAUGAAUGGGAAUGAGGCUAAGAGGAAACUUGACGCUAUGUCCUCCCCAACGAAGACAAUUACAAGCCCAUUGUCUCCUUACCGCUCUCCUGUAGGUCAUUUGAAUGGUAUUGCAGUUGGUGGCAUGUCCAAGAUGGCAGCUACUCCUGUCAGCACAGCAAUGACAACUGCGAAAUGGCUACGGACAGUUAUAGCUCCACUUCCAUCCAAACCUUCGGCAGAGCUGGAGAGAUUUCUGUCAUCAUGUGACAGAGAUGUGACAGCUGAUGUCACAAGGAGGGCUCAAAUAAUACUUGAGGCUAUCUUUCCAUGUAGUGGUCCAGGGCAAAAUGCGAGCUUGAUGGACAACAUAUGGGCUGAACAACGUAGAAUGGAAGCAAUGAAGCUUUACUUCAGGGUUCUGCAAGCAAUGUGCACAGCAGAGUCCCAAAUUUUGCAUGCGAACAAUUUAACUUCUUUGCUAACCAAUGAGAGAUUCCACAGAUGUAUGCUUGCAUGUUCGGCCGAACUUGUUCUUGCCACACAUAAAACUGUAACGAUGUUAUUUCCAACUGUGUUGGAGAGAACUGGAAUAACGGCUUUUGAUCUCAGUAAGGUGAUAGAGAGCUUCAUCAGACAUGAAGAAACUCUUCCGAGGGAACUCAGAAGGCAUUUAAAUUCCCUAGAAGAACGACUAUUGGAAAGCAUGGUUUGGGAAAAGGGCUCUUCAAUGUACAACUCGUUGAUAGUAGCAAGACCAGCGCUUUCUGCAGAAAUAAAUCGUCUUGGCUUGUUAACUGAACCUAUGCCAUCCUUGGAUGCCAUUGCCAUGCAUAUUGACAUGUCGUGUGGGGUUUUACCUCCCAUGCAGUCCUUGCUCAAGCACGAGAAACAAGGUCAAAAUGGAGAUAUUCGUUCACCGAAAAGAGUGUGCAUGGAAUACCGGAGUGUAUUAGUUGAGCGGAAUCCCUUCACUUCUCCAGUGAAGGAUCGCCUUUUGGGCCUGAACAAUCUCAAACCAAAGCUUCCACCACCUAUUUUGCAGUCUGCAUUUGCCAGUCCUACAAGACCGAAUCCAGGUGGUGGAGGGGAAACGUGUGCAGAAACAGCAGUCAAUGUGUUCUUCAGCAAGAUUAUCAAGUUAGCUGCUGUCAGAAUUAAUGGCAUGGUUGAAAGGCUACAGCUUUCGCAGCAGAUAAGAGAGUGUGUAUACUGUCUUUUCCAGAAGAUCCUUGGCCAGAGGACAACUCUGUUCUUCAACCGGCAUAUUGACCAAAUUAUCCUCUGCUGCUUUUAUGGAGUUGCUAAGAUAUCCCAGCUGAACCUGACAUUCAAAGAAAUCAUUUUCAAUUACAGAAAGCAACCUCAAUGCAAACCACAAGUUUUUCGCAGUGUCUAUGUUGAUUGGACAGCUCCACGCCGCAACGGGAAAAGUGGUCCCGAUCAUGUUGAUAUCAUCACUUUUUACAAUGAAAUUUUUGUUCCUGCGGUAAAGCCUCUGCUAGUUGAGCUUGCCCCUGGUGGAUCAGCACAAAGUAGUUCACAUGGCCCAGAGGCCAGGAAUAAUUGUGAUGGUCCAUGUCCAGCAUCACCCAAACCAUCUCCAUUUCCAAGUCUCCCGGACAUGUCCCCGAAGAAAGUAUCCGCAGCACAUAAUGUUUAUGUCUCUCCAUUGCGAUCAUCUAAGAUGGAUGCAUUAAUUUCACAUAGCUCUAAAAGCUAUUAUGCUUGUGUGGGAGAAAGUACUCAUGCUUACCAGAGCCCUUCAAAAGACCUGACUGCUAUCAAUAACCGCUUGAAUGGAACUCGGAAGCUUAGAGGAACCCUCAAUUUUGACGAUGUUGAUGUUGGCUUGGUAACCGACUCUGUAGUUGCUAACAGCCUUUAUGUUCAGAAUGGAAACUGCGCAUCUUCAUCACACAUGCACUUGAAAUCCGAGCAACCAGACUCAUAAAUUCACAGCUGUGUAUUUCUCCGCUUUGUAGAUAUUUGCUUUUCUAUUGCCCCCUUCAUUUUUCUUUUUACUUGGCCAAGGUCAUAGGCUAGAUACAACCAUGGGGUAUGAUAUGAGCGGUGAGUUAUUAUAUAAUGGCCGCCACUAAUCCCAGGUGCUAUACAUGUUACUCUUGACCCGAGAAUAUGUGAUGGUGCUUCAUCAGCUAUGUAAUAAAGUUGCAUUUUGCCCUCCGCUAUUGCUCACGUUCUAACGGUAAUCUGAGUCCCUUCCCUUGAAA